GCUGGACGUUGCUGGCGAGCUGCACGCUGUGGCGGGCACAGGCCGCGCGUGGGCGUCGCGGACCUGGUCCGAGCGGCGUUGGGAAGAUGCUGACAUAAGCACGUUGGACUCGCUCAGAGCUUGCCGCCGCCUGGCUUGUUCACUUUGCCAUUGUGCUCCUGCCCUGCCUUACCUGUCUUACGGUCUGCCGGUCUAUCCUUCCUUAGCGGUCUUAGCGGUCUGGAUACCUGACGCUCACAAACAUGGCUUCACAACAAAUGGGCGUUAUGCCCCAGGAGAUGAUGCACAACCCACCGCAGCAAACACCACAACCUGUAAACUACUACUCGGACACGACUACGACCUCAAAUGACCUAUCAGGCGGCCUGCCUAUAAACCUGGACUCUCUGCGGGAUGGACCUCCAGGAAGCAAGCCGUUUUACCCCUACUCGACCCUUAUUCGGUAUGCGAUCAAGGGCUCCCCAAACCAGAAGCUGCUGUUGGAAGAUAUAUAUUAUGCGAUCGAGUCCAGAUUCCCCUACUUCCGAACCGCACCUCCGGGAUGGAAGAACUCUGUCCGACACAACCUCUCUCUCAACCCAUGCUUCGAGAAGGUCCCCAGACCUCUCACAGAUCGUGGGAAGGGCUCAUAUUGGACGGUCAACGAUAAUGUCGACCCUCGUACGGGUGUACAUCGUGUGCGCAAGAAGAAGGGCAAGAAUGCCAACAAGGGCUCGCCACCUCUCGAACAUCAGGAUAUCGACUACCAUCCAGAUGCAAGUGGAGCUCACUUCGACCCCAAUAGCCCGUAUGCUCCCCCUCCCCAAAUACCUCCCGGCGAUGCAGGCCCGAGCCGCCCACCUCCGUUUGCCGUGCCCCCGUAUCCCACAAUGCCCAGAUCUCCCUACAGCUACGACCCGGCGUUUCCCCCGGUUAUGCCGCCCCUCUUUCGCCCAGACGAACAGUUCGAGGUCGACGAAUCUGGUCAAGUCAUAUGGCACGCGCAGUGGCGGAAGGAGCUCGCGCAGCUGCAGCAGCUCACGGAGGAACAGGAGAAGCAGGGCGCGGACCAAGAGUGGUACCGCAUCAUGCUCUUCCGCGUACGGAGCGCGAUGAUUGCGCCGCCGCUGAACCCGGGCGAGCCCGUACCCAACAUGGCUGGGCCCCCACCGGGGCCUCCCCCACACGCGAUCCCGCCGCCGAACGCGGGCGACGUGCCCGUGCCGAUGCCGGAGCAGUAG